GUGUGUGUGUGUAAAGAAGGAUAUUAAGACUUUGGAGAAGGCGGGUGGGGAGGAGAGAUUCUGAGAGAGGAAGAAAGAAAAAAGAGGGAAUGGAAAGAGAGAGGGAGAGUCAAGGGGAGAGGAGGGGGGAGCAGCUGCUUUGUAGCUGCUAAGAUUGCAGACAGAAAUAGCACACAACCACCGUGAGCCGAUGCGACUCAGAAGCCAGGAUCAAAUUGUAUUCACUUUCAUUAAUCAGUUUCUCUGAGGGAAGGAAAUGACAUCUGGUCCUGUCUUCCUCUACAUCUUGAUUUUUGGAAAAUACUUUGCUCCCGGGAGCGGGCAGGAUGUCUCAUGCGCCCUGGGCUACUUCCCCUGCGGCAACACCACCAAAUGCUUGCCUCAACUGCUCCACUGUAAUGGCGUGGACGACUGUGGAAACCAGGAGGACGAGGACAACUGUGGUGACAACAAUGGAUGGUCUAUGCAACUUGACAAAUAUUUUGCCAAUUACUACAAAAUGACUUCCUGGUAUCCUUUUGUGGCAGAAACAUCUGAAUGCUCUUUUUGUUUCUUUCUUUUCAUUACCCUCCUAUUCCUGGUCCCUCAUCAUCCGCAUUCCUUACUGCUUCCUCUUUAUUCAGUGGUCGGUUCCGUGCCCGUGCAAUGUCUUUGCCGAGGUUUAGAGCUUGACUGUGAUGAGACCAAUUUACGAGCUGUUCCAUCAGUUUCUUCAAAUGUGACUUUAAUGUCACUCAAGUGGAACUUAAUAAGAAAACUUCCUCCUGAUGGCUUUAAGAAGUACCGUGAUCUUCAGAAGCUGUGCCUGCAAAACAAUAAGAUUAGAUCCGUAUCUGUCUAUGCUUUCCGAGGACUCUACAGUCUUACUAAACUGUACCUCAGUCAUAACAGAAUAACCUUCCUGAAGCCGGGUGUUUUUGAAGAUCUCCACAGACUAGAGUGGCUGAUAAUUGAAGAGAAUCAUCUCAGUCGAAUUUCCCCACUAACAUUUUAUGGACUGAAUUCUCUUAUUCUCCUAGCACUGAUGAAUAACAUCCUUACCCGCCUGCCUGACAAACCUCUUUGUCAGCACAUGCCCAGGCUGCACUGGCUGGACUUUGAAGGCAACCAUAUCCAUAAUUUAAGGAAUUUGACUUUUAUAUCCUGCAGUAAUUUAACUGUUUUGGUAAUGAGGAAAAACAAAAUUAAUCACCUCAGUGAAAACGCGUUUGCACCGCUCCAGAAACUAGAUGAAUUGGAUUUAGGAAGUAAUAAGAUUGAAAAUCUUUCAUCACUUGUCUUUAAGGAUCUGAAGGAGCUCUCACAGUUGAAUCUUUCCUAUAACCCAAUCCAGAAAAUUCAAGCAAACCAAUUUGAUUACCUUGUCAAACUCAAGUCUCUCAGCCUAGAAGGAAUUGAAAUUUCAAAUAUCCAACAAAGGAUGUUUAGACCUCUCACGAAUCUCUCUCACAUCUAUUUUAAGAAGUUCCAGUACUGUGGCUAUGCACCCCAUGUUCGCAGCUGUAAACCAAACACUGAUGGAAUCUCAUCUUUAGAGGAUCUCUUGGCGAGCAUUAUUCAGAGAGUAUUCGUCUGGGUUGUGUCUGCAGUUACAUGCUUUGGAAACAUCUUUGUCAUCUGUAUGCGACCUUAUAUCAGGUCUGAGAACAAGCUGCAUGCCAUGUCGAUCAUUUCCCUCUGCUGUGCCGACUGCCUGAUGGGAAUCUAUUUGUUUGUGAUCGGAGCCUUUGACCUGAAGUUUCGAGGAGAAUACAACAAGCACGCACAGCUGUGGAUGGAGAGUAUUCACUGCCAGCUCCUGGGGUCCCUGGCCAUUCUGUCCACGGAAGUAUCAGUGUUACUUUUAACGUUUCUGACAGUGGAAAAAUAUAUCUGCAUUGUAUAUCCUUUCAGGUGUUUAAAACCUGGAAAAUGCAGAACCAUUACAGUUUUGAUUCUCAUUUGGAUUAUCGGUUUUAUCGUGGCUUUCAUUCCACUGAGCAAUAAAGAAUUUUUCAAAAACUACUACGGCACCAAUGGGGUAUGCUUCCCUCUUCAUUCAGAAGAUACAGAAAGUACUGGAGCCCAGAUUUAUUCAGUGGCAAUUUUUCUCGGUAUUAACUUAGCAGCAUUUAUCACCAUAGUUUUUUCCUAUGGAAGCAUGUUUUACAGCAUCCAUCAAAGUGCCAUAACAGCAACCGAAGUACGGAAUCAAGUUAGGAAAGAGAUGAUCCUUGCCAAACGUUUUUUCUUUAUUGUUUUUACCGAUGCAUUAUGCUGGAUACCCAUCUUUAUACUGAAAUUUCUGUCAUUGCUUCAGGUAGAAAUACCAGGUACCAUAACGUCUUGGGUAGUGAUUUUUAUUCUGCCUAUCAACAGUGCUUUGAACCCAAUUCUCUAUACUCUGACCACAAGACCAUUCAAAGAAAUGAUCCAUCAGUUUUGGUAUAACUACAGACAGAGAAGAUCUAUUGACAGCAAAGGAAGUCAGAAGACAUAUGCUCCAUCGUUCAUCUGGGUAGAAAUGUGGCCCCUGCAGGAGAUGCCUUCUGAGCUAAUGAAGCCAGCUCUUUUCACAGACCCCUGUGAAUUAUCACUCAUUUCUCAAUCAACUAGACUCAAUUCCUAUUCAUAACCGACUGAAACCUAUUUCUACACAGAGAAUAUUGUGGGAUGCUUUAUGAUGGAUUUAUUAGUAUAAAAUAAAUGCCACAAAAUAAUUUAUAACGGCUAAAAUAAAUUAGCUUACAUGGACAUGAGGUUAUUUGGGAAAAAAUCAAAAUGACAGAUGCCCAUGUAAAGGGAAAUAAAAUAUAUUGAUAAUGUGUAUAAACUGAUACAUAUUUUGGAUAGGAAACUAAGAGAAAUCUACUUCAAGGUUCAUUCAUUCUUUUACCAUGCAUUUAUUGAGUACCCACUGUGUGCAUGGCACUGCAGUAAAUUCCUGGGAGUAGACAGUAUAGAAUCUUUUCAAUUUGCAAUGUUAAGUUGUAUUUAACUACAAGAAUAUAAAAAGUCCAUCUGCAGCUCCUAGUUUAAGGUAGAGCUUUAUCUGUCUUGCUUACCAGCAAAAGUAAGAAUCACAGACACUCUUAAAUAAAGGUUUAUGGUUUUGGAAUAAUCAGUAUACUAGCAUCAGAAAAAAUGUCUGAUUAUUAGCAAAGUACAGACAUUUUGUUUUAAGAACUCAUCUUACCUCUCUUCAAGUCUGUAUACUUGAGAGCCAAUAAACAUAUUUAUUACUAUGAAAAAAGAGAUCUGAUAUUAACUCAAAACAGCACCUCUCUGUCACUUCCUUCCCAGUUGUCUUUUUGCUUUAAAUGAGCACCAUUAUAUGAGAUCAUAAAAAGAGAAUAAAAGUAUGGCAAAGGAAUGAAUCAGAAAAGCCAGAACAAGGAUAGACAUUUAGAUCAGUGGAACAGAAGUGAGAGUCCAGAAAUAAAACCCUCAUAUUUAACAGUCAGUUGAUGUUCAACAAAGACGCCAAGACAAUCAAAUGGGGAAAGAACAGUUUUUUCAACAAAUGGUGCUGGGACAACUGGAUAUCCAUAUGCAAAAUAAUGAAUUUGGACCCCUACCUUGCACCGUAUACAAAAACUUACUCAAAACGAAUUGACGACAUAAAUAUGACAUGAAUCACUUAGAAGAAA